AUGGUCUUUAUUGGGACCUUCCUCACCAUGGCAGACGGCGAAUGGGAAUGGCACAACCCGAGGCACGCCGCGCAGCUCCCUCUCUUGGAGCAGCAGUUCGACUCGAUCCUCCACAGCUUGAUUUGGGGCAACCUGGUCCUCGGCAUUCCACGCAUGGAUGAUGUGUGCGUCAUGCACGCCAUGCAUGCCGUCUCGGGUGACUGGUACGAGUACAAGCUGACGUUGGAAGACGUCCUCGGGACGGUCGAGAUAGGUGCCAAUGUGAGCGCGCAGCUCCUGACCAGCUUCGUGACAGCUGGCGGCGCCCUCGUUCGAGGGACACUGGUAAACAUGUUGGCUUACUUCAACGGAAAUGGGCCCCCUUGCGACAUUCCAGCUUCACUGUCCGACGCAGAAUGGCAGUUCCAAGUCCAGAUGGCAAACAGGCUGCGGAGGCUCACGCAAGUGGCGGGCCGCCGCGUGUUUCAGGUGAUGAAGGAUGGGGUCGACCAGAUCAAUCAGCUCGUUCUUUCACAGGCCCUGGCCGAUGUGGACACAGCGGUCAGCAACGUCUUUGCGGGAUCAUACACCGACAGCCAGUUGCCACCUCCGACCCAAGAGCUGUUGAGCAUCGUGGCUAACGCCUACGACAGCUGGAUGUCCUUUACACGGGAUGUACGGCGCAUCAUCAAUUCAGGAGAGCUGUCUGUACCAGAGAGCCAGAGCGAGGUCACCAUCACGAGGCUUGCAGCAGAGAAUUAUCUGGUGGACAGUUUCCUCGCAGACUUCUCUCAGAAGCUGGUUCGGGAGACAUUGGUCGUCCGCCCUAGCAUCAGGAGCGUCAUCUGGCAGCUCUCUGAGGAGCUUCAGGUGCUGGCGCAACGCAUGGCCAAGGAGGCUCUCAUUGUCUACCUCGGAGACACUGCCAAGAAUCGGACAGGCGACUUCGAGGCCUCCGCCGCGCUGUUCGAGGCCAAUCACGCUGAGCUGCUCCUGGGCACCGACAGCUCUUCUGUCGCUCCCGGGGCACCUCGCUCGUGUUAA